AUGUUAGAACAUAAGAGAAAUCACUCUUAGAAAAUUAGAACUGUAUUGAUAAAAUGUUAAGAUAAAUAAGUGACAAUAGAAAUUGCUAUGGACAAGAGUGUAGCUGAUCUAAUUAAUAAGGUAUACCUAUUUAUUAACUAAUCAAAACUAGUUACGCGAACAUCCAGCAACUCCAAAUUCAUAAUAGUUGGUUGCUCUCAAAACUGCUUCAAACUCUAUUACCAUGGAUUACAUGUUGUCUGUCCCAGAAGAAAGAGGUACACUAUGAAAUCAUAUUAAUUCAGCUUAACUGCCCAUACAUAAGUUGAAAUAAGAAGCACUUAUUGCAGUCUAUAGAUAAAAUGCUAAUAAAUCCAAUCUCAGUCUUCUAGACUUUACAUUCGAACGAUGCAUAGGCAAGGGAGGCACUUCAGAGGUGUAUCUGGUACGUCAUCAUGUAUCUGGACGAUUGUUUGCUCUUAAAAUGAUCAAAAAACAAUACAUUACAGAUUGUAGAAGACUGGAAUAAAUACUUAGAGAAAAGAAAAUUCUCUCUUAAGUUCUCAAUCAUUCUAAAUUCAUCAUACCACUCUAUGCAACAUUUGCUACUAAAGAUCAUCUUUGCUUUUUAAUGGAAUACUCUGCUGGAGGAGAAAUGUUUUAUCAUCUUUAAAAUUACCGUUUUACAGAUGAUGAAGCAAAAGCUUACAUUUCAGAAGUCAUCUGUGCCCUAGAAGAACUCCAUUAACAUCGUGUCUUAUAUAGAGACUUAAAGGUAAUGAUUCUUCUUCAAUCUCUAGCCAGAAAACAUACUUAUUGAUCUUCGAGGCCAUAUUUAACUCACUGACUUUGGCUUAUCUAAACUCGAUUUAAGUGAAGAAUAAUUAACUAACAGCUUCUGUGGCUCUCCUGAAUAUAUGCCUCCAGAAAUUGUCAAUCGAUAAGGUUAUUCCUAUCCUGCUGAUUUCUAUACCUUAGGAUGUCUACUUUAUGAAUUAUUAUUAGGAUUGCCUCCUCAUUAUUCUCAAAACACUGAAGAAAUUUUUCAUAAAAUUCAAAAUGAGGAUAUUUCAUUUCCUGAAGACUUGAGUACUGAUGUGAUGUCGCUGUUAUAAAGUCUCUUGAAUAAAAAUAUUAAAGAAAGAAUUCACGAUUUUAACACUCUCAAAAAAAAUUCUUGGUUUAGUAAUGUUGAUUGGUAAGCGGUCAAAUAGAAAAAAUCAAAUCAAAUGCCAAUAUUCAUAGACAUCUAUGAAACACAUAUUCAUUAAGAAUUCUUAAAAAUCGAUGUUACAGAUCUUAACCACAAAAACGAAAUUGGAGAAUUAAGCAGUUCGGAAGAUCUCUUUGAUUUUUUUAAUUAUGUCAAUGAAACAUACAAAGACAUCUUUCAACUAAAAUAGAAGAUGAGAGUUUAAAGUGAUCAUCUUAUUGAUAAAAAGCUUUUACAAAUAAGUUAAUCAACUACAAAAAAGAAAAAUCUUUAAUUAAACUUAUAAGAAAUCGAAAAAUAAUUUUCAAAAACUCAAGCUUAAAAGUAAUCACUGACCCCAUAGAGUAUAAUGCCAUUGUCAUUAUUACGUAAAUCAUUUUAAUAAAUGAUGAAAGAGAAACCCAGAAAAAGUUAAGACAAUCAUCCAACACUCAGUACUGUCUUAUCAGACCGUCCUAUAAUAGAUCGCAACUAUGUAAUAAUAUUGUUAUAUUAGUAGAUUUAGAAGAUGUUGUAAACUCUAACAAGUAAGAAGAAACCUCAAAGCCCUCUUCAUAAUGAAUUGUCUUGGAGACCACCUCAAGUUAAAAGAGGUUCAAGUUCAUCAACUCAUUUAAAAUCAUCUAUAAGUUAACGUGGAUAAAGUUCAACAAGAAAAUAAAAAUGA